CUUGCUUCCCGUCCUCCCUCCCUCCCUCCCUCCUCGCCCCAAAUUCCAACCCCGGCCGCCGCUACAUCGCCAAACCCUAUCUAGGGUUUUGCCAAGCCCUCCCCUUCCCUCGCCCCCAUGGAUCCCUUUUCCAAGAAGCGCAAGCCCGACGAGAACGGCGCCGUCACCGCCUCUCCCGCCGGUGGGGCUGCCACGCUGGGCCUCACCCGCGACGACGUCCUCCGCCUCCUCGAGCCGCUCUCCCGGGACCAGCUUGCGGACAUCGCGGCCGCCGCCGCGCUCGUCUCGGCGCACGCGCUCGACGCCGUGCGCGCAGCCGCCGACCGCGACCCGGCCCUCCGCAAGCUCUUCGUUCGGGGGCUCGGGUGGGAGACCACAUCCGACUCGCUCCGCGCCAUCUUCUCCGCCUACGGGGACCUCGAGGAGGCCGUCGUCAUCACCGACAAAACCACGGGGCGGUCCAAGGGUUACGGGUUCGUCACCUUCCGCCACGCCGAUUCCGCCGUCCUCGCACUCAAGGAGCCAUCAAAGAAGAUCGACGGUCGCAUGACUGUCACGCAGCUCGCCGCCGCCGGCUCGGCAGGCGGGCCGUCUGGUGGGGCCGCUGGUAGUGGCGGUGCUCCUGUGGCUGAUGUGGCGCUCCGGAAGAUCUUCGUUGGGAACGUCCCGGCAGACAUGCCGUCCGAGCGUCUCCUUGCGCACUUUGCCUCCUAUGGCGAGAUUGAGGAGGGGCCGCUGGGAUUUGACAAGCAGACGGGCAAGUUCCGGGGCUUUGCACUUUUCGUAUACAAGACACCUGAGGGUGCGCAGGCCUCCCUAGUGGACACGGUGAAGGUAAUUGACGGCCACCAGCUUGUAUGCAAGCUUGCCAUAGAGGGGAAGAAGGCGAAGCAGGGGCAAUCACAGCAAUCUGGCCCUGGCAACCAGCAGCAGCAGCAGAUGCUGCAGGGUGGUCCGCAAGAUAUGCAGGGAGGGCUUGGGCUUGGGUCACAGAUGGGUGCACAGUAUGGUGGCCCUGGGAGUGGUAUGCCUUCGUUUGGUUUUGGUGGUGUUGGCGGUGGGUUUGGGGGUCCAAACCCUUAUGGUAACAUGCCAUCUUCCAUGGGUGGAGGAGGCGCAGGUGGUUUAGGGUCGAUGGGAGGCCAGGUGCCCACUGGGUUGGCUGGUGCUGGGGCUGGUGCAUUCGGGCCUGGGGGAUUGGGUGGUGGCUCAUUUGGGGGAUCAUCUCAGUUUGGUGCCGCUGGGAUGGGGGCAUAUGGUGGCCUUGGAAUGGGUGGAGGCUCCAUGUACCGCAUGCAACAGGGAGCACUGCCUGCAGGUGCAUUUGGAGAAGGAGGCAACUACCCUCUUCCAGGUUCUGGUUUCCGGGGCCAGGAUCCUCAAGGUGGAAUAUCUCCUCCUGGUCCAGGUGCCAGGGCUCCUCCUAUGUAUCCCAACGUACCGCCUUAUUUCUAAGUGAAUGUGUGACUCAGGUGUGUGACAACUGUUGGGAGCAUAUCCUUUGAAAUGGUUGUGCUGAAUUCAGAAGUGUUGUCUGCUUACAUGGAUGCUUGCAUAUUCUGGCUACUUCUGAUGUGGAAUGUGGAAUGAGUUUGCACUCUCAAUUUUCGAUGUUAAGGGAUACAUGAAGAUAGAUAGUUGUGAUAAUGCCUAGCUGUGAUAAUGCUUCACAUGUACUUUCUUAUGACUGCUUUGCAGUUUGAUUUUUCUAUAUAGAUAAGCGACGUUGCAUUAAGUGUAUGUUGUGUUGGUUAUUGUCGUAUUAUCAUAUGAAUUCCUUUAUUUUCAUGGUCUGAUGAUGUGUUUAAUCGUAUAUGGCUUUCUAUU